UGUUUAAGAGCCGAUUCCCUGAUCAUUUGUCCUCAUCUGUCCUUUCCGUCCCCUCGUUUCUGUCCGUCCCAGGCUGAAGGCUACGUCAUCGGCAGCUGCAUCAAGCACAUCCCCAUCGCAGGCAGAGACAUCACCUACUUCACCCAGCAGCUGCUGAGGGACAGGGAGGUGGGCGUCCCCCCGGAGCAGUCCCUGGAGACGGCCAAGGCGGUCAAGGAGCGGUUCAGCUACGUGUGUCCGGACCUGGUCAAAGAGUUCAGUAAGUACGACUCGGACGGGUCCAAAUGGAUCAAGCAGUACACUGGGGUCAACGCCGUCAGCAAGAAGGAGUUCACCAUCGACGUGGGCUACGAGCGCUUCCUGGGCCCGGAGAUCUUCUUCCACCCAGAGUUCGCCAACCCGGACUUCACCCAGCCCAUCUCAGAGGUCGUGGACGAGGUCAUCCAGAACUGUCCCAUCGACGUUCGCCGUCCGCUCUACAAGGUAACCGCGCGUCCCGGCCUGGCCGCCCUGGAGGAGGAGGAGGAGGAGGAGGAGGAGGAGGAGGAGGGACCUGCAGCUGCCAUGUUUACGGCAUGUGACGACUGGACUCUGGGACCAGUCCAGUCUGGGGGUCUGGGACCAGUACGGUCUGGGACCAGUCUGAUCUGGGACCAGUCCAGUCUGGGGGUCUGGGACCAGUCUGAUCUGGGGGUCUGGGACCAGUACGGUCUGGGGGUCUGGGACCAGUACGGUCUGGGGGUCUGGGACCAGUACGGUCUGGGACCAGUCUGA